AUGAUCGGUUCAAACGUCUUCUCACCGUCCUGCGUCGCGUCAAUCUGCGCCCUGGUUUGCCUGCUUUGCACGGUGUCCUGCACUUCCGGCGAAUACGAGGGGAGAGAAACCUCGAGCAGCAUCGUGAACGACAGAACGUCGGGCAACGAGUUCGGCUCGUGCACCGACGGCAAGUGCAUAAAACGCACCACACAGGAGAUCACUAGCGGUAUGUGGUUCGGACCGCGGCUAGGACGACGACGAAGGGCCGACAGGAAGCUGGAGGUCGAUCCGGACCUCGAGGCCCUAGCGAACAUCCUCGACGGUGGCCGUUGGGCCGUCAUCACGAUUCCAAGCGGUGAAAAACGGCAACCGACCCAGUUCACGCCUCGAUUGGGGCGCGAGUCGGGGGAGGAAUUAUUCUCCUACGGGUACCCGAGGGAUCAGGAAGAGCUCUACGCCGAGGAGCAAAUAUUUCCCCCGUUGUUCGCGCCUCGUCUGGGACGACGACUGCCCUGGACUCCAUCCCCGAGACUUGGACGUCAAUUGCACACUGUCUUUGAGAAACCGAGACAGUACGUCGAAGAUUCACGCUUCUGAGACCCGACACGAUUCGCUGAAACAAAGAAAAUAG